AUUCUGUCUAUUAUUAUUAUUAUUAUUUUUUCUCUUUAUCUUCUUCUUCUUCUUCUUCUUUUAUUUUUUAUUUCUCCAGUGUUUUUGGUUCGUUCCUACCCCUCGUCUGCUAGAUUGACCGAUCGGAGAAGAUGGUGAAGGAGACGGAAUAUUACGACGUCCUCGGAGUAAAUCCCACAGCCACCGAAGCCGAGAUCAAGAAAGCUUAUUACAUUAAGGCAAGACAGGUUCAUCCAGAUAAAAACCCGAACGAUCCUCUCGCGGCGCAAAAUUUUCAGGUUUUGGGAGAAGCCUACCAAGUGUUAAGUGACCCUGCUCAACGACAAGCCUAUGAUGCUCAUGGAAAAUCAGGAAUCUCAACCGAUGGAAUUAUUGAUCCUGCAGCAAUCUUCGCUAUGCUAUUUGGUAGUGAGCUUUUUGAGGAAUAUAUUGGACAGCUAGCCAUGGCAUCAAUGGCUUCACUAGAUAUUUUUACAGAAGGAGAACAGUUCGAUGCCAAAAAGUUGCAAGAGAAAAUGCGGGUGGUUCAAAAAGAGAGAGAAGAAAAGCUUGCAGAACUACUAAAAAAUAGACUCAACCAAUAUGUGCAAGGAAACAAAGAGGACUUUGUUUGUCAUGCUGAAGCUGAAGUCGCAAGACUUUCCAAUGCAGCUUAUGGUGUUGAUAUGUUGAAUACAAUCGGCUAUAUAUAUGCCAGACAGUCAGCGAAAGAGCUAGGAAAGAAAGCAAUAUAUCUGGGAGUGCCAUUUAUUGCUGAGUGGUUUAGAAAUAAAGGGCACUUCAUUAAAUCCCAAGUAACAGCAGCAACAGGUGCGAUUGCUUUGAUCCAACUGCAAGAAGACAUGAAAAAGCAACUAAAUGCAGAAGGAAAUUACACUGAGGAAGAGCUUGAAGAAUACAUGCAAAAUAACAAGAAGUUGAUGAUUGAUUCCCUGUGGAAGCUCAAUGUGGCCGAUAUUGAGGCCACUCUCUCCCGCGUUUGUCAGAUGGUUCUUCAAGACAGCAGUGCCAAGAAAGAGGAACUCCGUGCACGAGCAAAGGGGUUAAAAACUCUUGGCAAAAUCUUCCAGAGAAUCAAGUCUACCAAUGGAGUUGAGGGUGAAGGUGGACCAAAUAGUCUUAAUGGAAUUGAAUCAAGCCGCGAUGCUUCUCCUUCAACAACACCAAGGUCCUCAGUAAGCUCUUAUGCACCACAGGUGCCACAGAGCCCCUACGUGGAACUUGCAGGUGUGCAGUUUGACAACUUCCCUAGGCCAACUGCACCACCUGGUGCACAGAGACAUUCUUCCAUGGGCAGGGAUUAAGGGUGGAGACUUAUCCUUUUCCUCCUUCUCUUUCCUUGUAGCAUAAACCUUGUACCCUUUCAUUUGUAUCAAAGUCGUGGGGUGUCGUUGUGUGAAGAAUCUGAGGUUUGUUAGUUGGAUGUGUCUGCUUGAACUAGUGAUGAUUGUGCUUGAAAGGAUACAUCACCUCCAGCUGAGUAGGCCUUGCAUUCUUUUUGGGAAGACAGAUUUAUAUACGUAGGAAGGGAGAUAGAUUUGUUGUAGAAGUUGGUACUUCCUAUAUACUGUUGUCACCUAUUGACUGUUAUAGUUUGCACAGUUAUUUUUAUUGGUGUAUUUUGCUGGAGUGACAGAUCCCAUUUUGUGGUUUCGAAGUUCAAAUUUGGAUUCGUAUC